AUGUACGGCUCUGCUCAAGGUACAUCAUCAACACAAUCGGCCGGUGUGAACAUCGCUGUCGAAGCCGGGCAGGAGUGGCAAAUUCAAGAGAUUGGCUAUGAUGGGGUCGAAAAAUAUAUCAGGCCUCCAACGUAUUCUGAUCAUGUUGCAAAAAUGGCUCAUAAAGUGGACUGGCGUAAAUUAGUCGGCUCAGAUGCAUCGUACGACAAUCCGAAUGCGUUGACACGAGUGGAGAGCAGCGAUAAGAGCAGUGAGGAGGAUGCUGACACUGAGGCUGCGUUAUCUGAAGAAGUUGAAAAACCGAAACUUGAAAUGGACGAUCGAAAGGUACCCGAUGCAGGUCCGUGGCAUACGGUCGCAAAAAACCUUCAACUCUACGUAUGUGUUUUACCUGUUGAAGGCCUAAGCCGAAUACUCUGCAACAUUUUGCAUUUCAGUGAGGGUCUUCAACAGAUCAACGUGCUGGUGGAUACGUUGGCUGUGCUGAAGAUGCCAUAUUUGGAGGCGUUAACCGUGAUGGACAGUUUCGAAAUGCUGCACAAUAUGCACGAUGUUGUGCAACAAUCGAAAAUGUUCAACUGGGUCGCUAAACGCAAAUCCCUGCUGGAAGCAAUCGCAGUGCUUGAACAGUCACAAAAGCUGCGUCCAAAAAGUGACUCAGAAGUGGAAUCCGAUCGAGAAAUAUUCUUUCGUGAACUGAAAAAAAUGCGUGAACAGUGGCGAGUACGUAAAACCGGUAAUGUUGUCUAUGGGGAUCUUGGCUAUCGUAUAUUUGGCUCUAAAUACAAUCCCAGUGAACUGUUCGAUAUCAGCCGAAAGUCGUUAGCACUGCCGUCGCCGACAAGUGAGUGUGAUUCGUCGUCGGCUGCCAGAUCGGUACUGCAAGUUCAAGUGCCGUGUGAUCUGAUACGACGAUCCACUAUUGCGGUUUCGAUUGAGGUGGACGAUAUGCAAUCGAAAGAUUUGUUUGCAACCGCGGAAAAUGAUUUGGAUUAUAUGCGGGUGGAACGCGAGAAAGCCACCGAAGUGCAUUGGUCGUUGGCACUGCAGUGGGCGCAGGAGAGUCUGAUUUGUCGUGAUAUUUUCAAUGAGUUGAGUAAAGAAGCAGUUCUGUUGAAAGAACACAUUGCGAUGGUUCGAGACGGCGUAAUGGUGGUGUCGUUGUUCGACAACAUUCUACUUCGUAUCGAACUCUCAUUGCAUCCGUUUCAAGAGGGUGAUAUCCCGCAAAAAGGUGACGAAUACUUGAGCAGAUGUCUGCGGGAAUUGUUCGUCAAUGAGCAAUGCACACGAUACGUUCGGCAUCAAAUGUUUAUCGCGAUGCCGUUGACAACAUUGGCCGAAUCGUUGGAUCUGAGGGGUCCGUAUGCCAUGAGUGCACCAGAAACCGAAAGUCGUAACAGACCGAAACGUCUGCUUUUGGAGCAGUUGAUGUCGAUCGCCGCACACUAUGUGUUAACCAAAAAGGUCACUUCAACCCUCGAACGGUAUUUGUUGCGGGUCAGUGAUCCGCAAGUGUCGUGGAGUUGGCUUCGUUCAACGAUGGCAAUGUCAGCCAUCAUUGUGACGGCAUCGAAUCGAAAUUAUGAUUAUAUUGGCAAGACAACGUUUUAUAUUCGAAUUGAAGCCGAUGAAUUUUAUGUGAUGACAAAAGAAGGGCAGCGAAUUGAUUGCAGACGAGAUGAGGAUAUGCUCACUUAUACGAUUGAAUAUCAAAUAUGUAGUUAUAUGCUGAAUUCGGUUGCGAUGGUAGUGGGUAAAUUAUGGCAAUGGCAAGUUCUUCACGCGAAUAUUAAUGCUAUCGACGAUGAGGCAGAGCCGAGUCCAACGCUUUACAUAUGCAAUCAAAGUGCUACACGAGCAAUCUUCAUGCAGUUCCACAUGAAGACACCACCGUCGAUUCGAGUUCGGAAAUGUUCUCCUGAGAAGACGGUGAUCAAUGAUGAAAGCGAUAAUUUCAUAUUGUUAAAUUACAAUCGUCUUAUUGGAUCGUCGUUGUGUAGAAAAGUUGAUAAUUUAUGCGCGAUGCUUUCCAAUUGA